CAGAGUUUAGUCAGAAAACACCCGCACCCUUUAAGAGGACAGCGUAUUAGAGCCAUUGUAAGUUACAAGAAAAAAGGAGAUACAGAGCAUGAGGAGGGGGGAAUAUUCUGAAAAAACAAUCAACAUUUUUGAUAAAGACUUGAAUAUUUAAGUCAUAUAUUUGGGAGAAAAAUCUCAGACAUUUUGUGAGGCUCUGAACACUAAAAAACGUUUAAUGAAAAAACAUCAAACACCUUAUAAUUAAUACAAUAAGAUGCUUGGAUUUGUGUCUGUAUGUCAUCACAGAUAUCCGUAACUCAAAUGUAGCCGGUCAUGAUUUUUCCAACAACAAAAGUUCAAUACUUCCUGUGAAUAUCAUUGUAAAGUCUCUUUAAUCUUAGGAACUAUCAAAGUUAUUUUCUUGAAAAAUCACAAUUUAAAUCCUGUAGAUUGUGAGAUUUUCUCUGAAUAUUUCCCUGCAUCCGACAACCUACAAAUGCUCUUUAUACGCCAUCAUUCUUUAAUCUCUCCCUCUAGAUACUCCUAGAAAAAUGACAUCUUUUAUUUUCUGACAUAUCCCUGUCUCUUACACAUGCGCAUGGAUCAGCUACAUCUCUAUAUCCGUGUGUGUGUGUGUGUGUGUGGGCACGUUACAUAACAUUUUAAUUCAGCUUGUCUUAUCGUGGAUUAAACGCAGCUGUAAUAUUUACAGUAUUACAGACUCGCACAUGUAAACAAAUGUUAAGUAAGAGUGAGUGCUAGUGUGUGUUGGGCGGGAGUUACUGGCAGAUGUUCCGUGAUAAUACACACCUAAUGCUCUGCUAUCUGCGGGAUUAGAAUAUUGCAGCAGUGCAGAACUAAUCCACACACACACUCAGCCGCCAGACGCUGGCAUUAAGGAGGGGAUUCCCCCAGAUAAACUGUCCUUGUCUUCAGUCUGUCGUUGAUAAUCAUAAAGACGUGUGUGUGUGUGUGUGUGUGUGUGUGUGUCAUUUUGUCCGUAGGGCCGGACGAUAGGCGACGGCGCGGCCGGGCGAUGUCGCAAACGGAGUUUCAUGCCCCCUAGUUUCUUUGAAGACGACACCAUAGACUUCCCUGAUGACCUGGACACUUCCUUCUUCACCAGAGAAGGCCUGCACGAUGAACUGUCGAGCUACGCAGACGAUGUUUUUGAGACGCCAUCGGAGGCCGCCAUCGACCCGCUGGACGAGAGCGAUCUUACAGGAAGUGCGCUGGAUAAGAACGAGCUGGAGAGGAGUCACCUCAUGCUGCCUUUGGAGCGAGGAUGGAGGAAGGCGAAGGACGGCCCUCUGGUUCACCCGAAGGUGCGUCUGAGACAGGAAGUGGUGAGCGUCAGCAGCCAUCAGCAGCGAGGACAUCGGAUCGUAGUUCCUGUGAAGAAGCUGUUUGCCAAAGAGAAGAGGCCGUACGGGCUCGGCAUGGUGGGCCGCCUCACCAACCGAACGUACCGCAAGCGCAUCGACAGCUACGUCAAGAGACAGAUCGAAGACAUGGACGAUAACAGAUGA